AUGAUAUCGCGUGGCCGCACGUGUCUAAUAAGGCCUUUGUCUGCCGCCUUAGAUACCAUCGCGGCUGGCCCCGAUGAACCGCUGCUCUUCCUUUACCCCCGAUGGGCCGCAUCGGCCUUCCGGCGAAGGCGCCCAAUCUCGUCCUUAACGCGUUCUUCUGUCUCAUCGAAGGAUGGAAAGAUUACUAGCUUGUGUCCCCGUACAAAUACCCGUCCAACUGCAUCAACAUUCGCAACAACCCGCCGACACGCGAGCCGAUGGAUCUCCAACGAGACGAUCUCUACUCAGACCGACGGUGACUCCUAUAUCAAACUACCUACCGGUCGCGCAGAAUAUGUGGUUGAAGACAAUGGAAACGAAAAUCAUGCAGAAGAUCUGAUUGACUCGCGAAAUGUGAGCCAGUCUACGUCAGCCUCGGAAGACUUAACGGCAUCUACCACCCAACUCAGUGGCGUCUGCGUCCGAGCAGCAAAGAAACGAGAUCGUUCAAUACCCGAAGAGUUGAACUUGGUGCCAGUCACGCCUGGAUCGAGUCAGCGUGUUCAUAGGAGCGAUUUCAGGAGGAACUUGUCGCCACGGAAUCAGAAGCAGGUUCUAUACGGCGAGUUUAUCCUCGACAGGGAAAGGGAAUUCGGGAUAUCACCGAAUACAAAAAGCUGGAUGGAUUUGCGAGAUUUGUUGUUGAACGUGCAGCGGCAGACCAAAGGUGCGAAUCGGAGGGGCACAAAGUAUAAAGAAUUGCUUAUCCCCGAAGAGACUAUCGCCCUCAUGUGUGGAUCUACAACGCCAGGCAAAGCUAUGGAGGAGAAUAUCUGGCAUCUUCCAAUCCGCCAUGGAUGUCUGGUACACGUUCUUCCUCCCGAUAAGGGUGAUGGAGUUUGUCGCAAGGUUGUCUUAAUGGGGUCAGAAGGCACCCUGGAAAUGGUUGAGGAUGCCAUCAAGCGGCAGCAAGAUCUCCAAGCCAGUGGAGACCCUCUUAUUGAAAUUCAGAAAUCGCCAGUCCCCAUCAUUGCUUCAAUGGGAAGACUAAAACGACUGAAACGCCCAGUGCCAUUGAUCCGUGGAGUCUGGACGGCCCCCUUUGAUGACAAAGAGCCAAUAUACUUGAGCAAACUCCUUGCAAGUGGGCAUUCAUUUGACUCAGUCAGGGAAUUUGCGGAUCACGUUGAAGAUGUGAUCAAUUCGAAAAGAAUGAACUUCGCCAAGGAGGCCAAGGAGGGUGAAUCCAGUGAAAUUCCCCAACGGGGCCGGGUUGCGAAGGAGCUCGUACGGCUGUUCCGACGGGAAUCAAACCGCAAAUUUUUUUCCACCGCCGCUAUGAACAGCGCGCUCAGGUAUCUCUACAAAACGGAAUACCUCAGUUUCGCUCGCGAGGUGUUCAUCGCAGCAGAGCAUCUCGCGACGGUAGACUCAUAUAACAUCUUGCUGCAAUCUGCGGCCAUUCGCCAGGAUAAGCGGAUGUUUGAGUACUUUUUGCAAGCAAUGGCCCAAAAGCGUAUUCGCCCUAAUGCGCAAACCUGGCAUACAUUGUUGCAGGCUAUGCUCACACAGAAGACCAAGGCCACAAUCAUCAAGGACAUGGCCAAGAAGGGCUACAUGAAGGACAUCAACUCUAUCCGCAGUGCGUUGCAGUUGACGAUUUCGGAUUCAUUCUUUGUUCACUUGGAAAGCGGUCGGGACGUCCGCAGCUUCUUCAACCUCAUGAUCAAGACACAUGGAGCAGACUGGUUCACUGCCUCGCUACUCAGCCAGAUGUUCAAUGUGACUUCGCGCUUGAAAAAUCACGCGGCCAUGCAAGAACUGCUUGAUAUUUGCGUUGAAUAUCAUCUUGAUAUGAAUAAUGCCUGUCUCCUUCAAAUUUUGUAUACGGUCAAGGACGACAUCUUCACUGCUCUCGAACAUACUUUCAAGAUCAUGAAACGACUCAUGUUCAAGCUCAACUUUGAGACUAUCGAGAUGCUUUUCUUCAUCGCCUACCGAGGCUGUCACUACAAUGUUUGCCGCGUGUUGUGGCAUUACGCCUGCAUGGAGGAUAUUGUGUCCUCUAGAAUGUACAACAAAGUCCUGGACUCUCUCAUUCGCAAUGUGUCCUUGGAGACAUCAUCCGACGAUGUCAGCAAGAUCUGGCGUGUGUGUGCUGGCAAGGUGAUCAUCCGCCGUAAUGCGCGGGCCAAAUUCAAGACCACCCAGGAAGUUCUCGACCAACUGCCUCCUGAAUUCCACCAUGAUCCCUUUCUCUACUUGGUAUCUGGCUUCAAGGAUACAGGUCCUGGACGAGCUUUGCAGCUUCAAAUAGCCAAGGACUACGUCCAUCGUGACAUGCUCACUGAGGCACAUCCUAAAUAUUCGCUGCCUCUGAUGCUGGAGGCCGCUGCUGCAUUGGAUCAAGAGUGGCGUGGUAAACCAUGGCCGUUGGCAUGGAUGCUUCAGAAUUCCAUUGGAAUCCCAACCACGAGGCAGUCCUUGGAAUUGGAUUGA